AUGUCCUAUGCUCAGCAACACCGUAAUCGUGUAGAGCUGCAUUACCACGAGGUGGAGCAGCCACCUCAUGGUUUUUAUGCUGCAUCGGCGGCAGUGCAUAACGGUCGCACCCCGGUGCGGCUGCAGGACAUGAUGGUCGACACGCAAUACCAGGAGCCGCUCCCACGCGGUGGCAGUGGCCCUUGUCUCAGCAACUCCUCGCUGCAGCGCAGCAGCGGCAGUGGCGACUCCGCAUCGGAUUCGCAUGACAUCUAUACGACAUGCUACCGGCACCUACAUUCGAUCAUUGGCGCAAGUGCCGCAGCACGGUGUGAGACAACGCCAAGCGUCAGCGGUGCAGGGGUGCCUCGACAGGCCUUCCAACUGCUACAGCACACCCCAAAGCAAGCUUCCCCGCCGCUGCUCAAAGCCAGUCGAAAGCGGUUUACCUCUCCUCAUUCGACUGUCACAACAUCGGAGACAGCGGCGGGGCAGCCGCCAAUGCGCCUCUCUCCGCCUCCUCGAGUGCUAGGGGAGACAGUCGACAGGCGAUGCCGUCCCAGUGCGCCAGGUCAACCUGACGUGCUGCAUGACUCGCUUUCGACCAAGCUCCGCGGACGUCGACCGCUCUCUGCUGACGCUAAUCGCCGCACCGGUGAUCAGGCGCGGCACGCAAAGAGCAGCUCACCCUCUACCGGUGAGCUCUCUGCGACGCGGCUUUCCACCUCGCAGUUAUCUGCCUCAGCGACGUUCACCGCGCGUCUGCGCAACAUCAUCGAGACGCGGCAGCAAAUCGAGCUGUUGAUGCAGUGGCAGCGGCAAGAUGAAGAAGAACUGGUUUACGCCAUUUCGAAUAUCGACAAGCAGUCACAAGGCCGCUCGCACCCGCGGCAGUCGCCACACCCCGGCACUACUUUCACCGGCUCGGUUCUUUCGCCUUGGCAGCAGCAGCAGCAGCAGCCGGACGCGGCGGAUCGUCCGUCGUAUGAGCAAGUCCUCAGCGAGCGCGCCGUCGUCUUAGCCGCGCUGCGACAGCUCAAAGAGAAGGGCAACAUCAUUGUUCACAAGCUCUACAACACGGUAAAGGCGCAGCAGGAGCAGGUGCUGGAGCUCGUCGCCACUGUGGAGGCCUUGAAGAAGGCGAACAAGCGGCUCAAGGAUACCCUCGGCAACGGUGGUGCCGUUCGUUGCAACCUCGGCAGCGGCCCAGGCGCAGCAGCAACGGUGGGGGGCGUCACACGAGUGCCAGACACCGUCACUGAGCUGCAAGAGAAGGUCAUCACGCAGCGGCGCGUCAUUGAGCAAAUGGACCAACUCAUGCAGAAUGCCGACCGCAUGCUCUUGGCGAUGCGCGCGCGCGUCGAGGCCGCGGAGCAGCGGGCCAGCGGUGCGCCGGCAGAACGUCGGCGGCCUCCACCGCUGCCGCUCACCCCCGGCCGUGGGACGUCCAAUGCCAGCACCCCUCGCCAGGCACCAGUCGGGGGAGACGGCGAUGUCGCCACCGUCUCGGCGCAGCAGCAGUGUCUGUUGGGCCGCAUUGCACAGUUGCGGCAGGCACUGAAGCAGGAGCAGGCGCAGCGCCUUCACUUGGAGGAGGUCUACGGCGCAACCUCCGAGGAGACGGCACGCAAUGUAGCACUGCUGGAAAAGCGUCUUCAGCGGGUGCAGAACACGCGAGGCGUGAUGUACAACAGCAGCGGCAGCGCCACAAACCCCUCAGCACUUCACAUGGAAUGGCACACUUUACUGGGGGAGGGCGGGAGCGGAGGUGGUGUCUCGGCGGCUGAGGAGAUCUACCACAAGGGUAAGGCGCAGCAUACCAUGUUGCAGACCUCGUCACGCUCGCCCUCGUCCACGCUCGCUCGCACCCUCUUCACGGCCGUGAACGUCGGGGACUCGACCGCGGCGGAGAAUUAUGAAGACGAGAAAAAGGAAUAUGCAAAGCAAGUGCCGGACGGGUCGAAACGGCAGCCGUCCAGCGAGCCGGCGGCGCCACAGAACGCGCGGCAAUGGCGCGCCUACCUAGGUGGUCCUUGGAGCGCCGCGGACCGCAUUAACGUCGACGCGGCGGCUGAAGAGCAGGACCUUCAGCUCGGCAUUCCAGUGCCGGACACCUCUAACCUUAGAGACUCGACCUGCCGCUCGUUCGAUUCACGCGCCUCCAGCGCGAGUCGGCGUCUUGUGAGCUUUCUGCCUGUGAAAGCUGCGGACGUCAUGAGUUGCGCCGUGGACAGUGUCAGUGACAGAGAGGAUGACAAUGACGAGGGGCACGUCGCGGUGAGGAGGAGCGGCUCGAACGCGCGGGGGCGCGCGGCUGUCAUUUUUACGGCAAUCCCAACGGCGAUCCGCUCGUCCUCCUCACCCCUGCCAGACACGAUCCCUUCGGCAGGAUGA